AUGGAAGAAAUGCGCCAAUUGCGGGAAAAGCAGCGUACGACAGAUAGCAAGAUGCACGAGCUUGUAAAGGAAAACGAGCAGUUAUGGGAGCAAGUUACUUUGUUGCGUGCGCAACACAAUCGUCAGCAACAGGUUGUUACAAAGUUGGUCCAGUUCCUUGUUGCAAUGAUGCAACCAAAUUCAACUGUGGCGAAGCGUGUCAUGAAAAGAGGAGUGCUGGCCAUCGACGAACCACCUCAAAAGCGUAUGAGAAUGAACCAGAACUUGAACUCGAACAAUACCUCUAACUUGACAGAUAUUCUCGAUCGUCUGCAAAGAGAAAUGCUGGAUAUUGGUGGUAUACGUGGCGUUGCUGCUGCAGCCAGUCGUGCUGAUGGUCCAAUCAUUGCUGAUGUGACUGACGAAUGGGUUCCAGGCUCUUCUUCUGGUAGUCCUCAGGGUCAAGCACAGAGGAAUAAGCAGCCGCUCGGCAUGAAUGCGUACAAUAUGUCGCCGAAUAUGCAAAUGGCUGCAUCAACAUCUGCCAAUAAUACAACACCAGACGGUUUGACAAGUCCAAGAAGGGUGCAAAAUGGCGAAGUUCCGCCUGCCAUUUCUGGAACGGUGCAGGAUUUCCAGGACUACCUGAAUGGAAUUGAUCUGGACAUUGACAAAUGCAGAGAUUUGCUCGGAAGUCACUGGGACUUCAACCUGUUUGAUAACGUGGACGUGGACGAAGAUCAGGAACAGGCGCAGUCUGACGGUCAGCAGCAUGAAGUCAACAACGUGUCUUCUUCUUAUGGUGGUUUUGGGAUGCCGAAUGGCAAUGCGCAACAGCCUGGUUUACUGACUUAUCCUGGUCCACAGUUGGCGUUAGAAGGAGGUCCUCUAACUACCGAUACAUAUCGAGUUAAUCCCCAGGUUGAGUUGGUAGAAGAAGACCCCCAUACUGAGGUGAACCCUAGAUUAGAAUUUCCAUGCACUCCAUUGGUAGGAGAUGAUCUCUUGUUUCCCAGUACUCCUGACUUGCUUACACCAUGCACAAGUCCACGUCCAUAA